AUGGCCUCGGGAGGAAAGCACUGGGAACAAGACAAGGAAGCGACCGUCUACGUCGGCAACCUCGAUGAGCGCGUAACCGACCAACUCGUCUGGGAGUUGAUGCUGCAAGCCGGUCGUAUCGUCAACGUCCAUCUGCCCAAGGAUCGCGUCACCCAAACACACCAGGGCUUCGGUUUCGUCGAGUUCGUCAGCGAAGAAGAUGCCGAUUAUGCCGCCAAAAUCAUGAACCAGAUCCGUCUAUGGGGAAAGCCCAUCCGUGUCAACAAGGCCUCGGCAGACAAACAAAAGACGCUGGAUGUGGGUGCUGAGCUGUUUGUUGGAAACCUGGAUCCCAUGGUUGCACGCGACGAUGCAAACCUCAGCAAGGGCUACGGCUUCGUGUCCUUCACCACCUUCGAAGCCUCGGACGACGCCAUCGCAAACAUGCACGGCCAAUACCUCAUGAACAAGGAGAUCACUGUUCAAUACGCCUUCAAGAAGGAUGGCAAAGGAGAACGCCACGGAGACGCCGCAGAGCGUGCCCUGGCUGCCGCUGGUCGUGAACACAACAUUGAACCCCAAGUCCAACCUCUACCUCCGCAAUUACUGGCCCCUCAGAUCGCCACUCCCAUCGCGCCGCCUACUCCAAUGUCUGCUGCUCCCUAUGGUGUUUCGCCCGUCACUGGCGGAUACGGCGCUCCCNCGGCUGCCAGAAAUCAACUCCCACCGCCUCCCGCAGCUGCCGGUGUACCUGCCCGACCACCUCCAAGCGUCGGCGGAUACAACGGUCCCCAAGGUGGCUACAAUGGUCCUCAAGGAUUUGCUCCUCCUCCAGGCUUUGCACCAAAUGGAGCCCCGCCUGGCUUUGCGCCGCCGCCAGGUUUUGGAAUGCCUGGCAUGCCUCCUGGAUUCCCUUCCCCUCCACCAGGAAUGCCUCCGAAUGCGUACCAGAGACGAUGA